AUUGAUAACUUUUGCGCUUUCGCUUAGGUCCACUAAACCCUGUAUCGUGCACAUAUUCUUCUCCUGGUUGUUAAGGUGAAAUCCAAAUGCCCAAGAAAGGAAGCAGCUGUAAAAAUAGCUUAAAUUGAAGUUGACAAGUGGAAAGCUAAAAGAAGAAGAAUAACUUGUAUUGAUUACUUCGCCAUAUUCCGCUCAAAAAGAAGUGCCUACCGAAAACAAACAUGUGCACUCUUGCAGUGAAAAAGAACUCAAGUAAAGUAAAUCGGGAAUUGCACAUUAACUUCUUCAAAUAAAUUUUAGCGAUACGAUUGAUGAAACCAUUGCAGAAUUCUCAGGGAGAUGUUGCUCCUCAUACAACAUAAUGGUAGAAAAAUUAUACAACAGCAAGGACUCAUGGAGAAAAUCGAUUGUAUUUGUAACUCGCUUCCUCUGCCUUUUGGCUAUGAGAUGGCAUCAUAAUCUUGUUCAAGCAGCUAAUCUUUUACAGAAUGGCGAUUUCGAGGCUCCUCCUGCAAAAAUAAGGGUAAAUGAAACCAACCAGAGAGCUGUCCUGUCCCCUUCAAAUAAACUGUCGGGAUGGGAAUUUGGAGGUGUUGUAGAAUAUAUUAAAGGAGGAGGAUAUAUAUCUUUGCCAGACAAUGGCCAUGGUAUUCAGCUUGGCGAGAAUGGAUGGAUUAGUCAAAAUUUUAGGUCUAAGCCAGGUUCCCUCUAUUUGCUCACAUUCACCUUUACUGCAGCUGGGACAGACUGCUGGUGGACUCCAAGCUAUCUAAUUUUAUCUGUCCCUCCACAUUCUACAGUGUUUUAUUUGCAGCAGAGGUAUGGCCAUGAAGCUUGGGAAACCCAUGCUUGGGGAUUCAGAGCAACCAGUGUCAAAACAGAUGUUAAAUUUGCCAGACAAGCUCAGACUUAUGCCAAUAUUUCCUGUGGGCCUCUUCUGGCUGCUGUUUACCUGAAAGAACAGGAGAAUUUGGAGAGUGUAUCAGAUAAUAUUUUAUUAAAUGGGAACUUUGAACAAGGACCAUCCUUCUACCCCAAAUCAACCAGGGGAGUUUUGCUGCAUCCAGUAGAUGAUGGAGAUGGAGAAGCAUCCUCUCUUCCAGGAUGGAAAAUACAGGAUACAGUGAAGUAUAUAGAUUUUGAUGAGAGAAGCAGAGGCAUUGAAAUAGUUUCAGGUCCCACAGGGGGGAUUGAACAGAGUGUAUACCUGGCAACUGGAGUCAAAUAUGUUUUGAAAUUUCAAGCUGGAGAUGCUAACAACUUGUGCUAUGGUGGAUUGGCAGUUGGGGUUAGGGGUGGAUCAAGUGCCCACAACUUCAGCUAUAUGUCAUAUGGCAAGGGUGAUUUCAUGGAUUUCUCAAUGGAAUUUUAUGCAUUUGCCCAACUUACAAAUUUUUCUUUUGUUAGCCUUUACAGAGCUGAGACCAAGGACCUCACCUUUUGUGGACCUGUCAUUGAAAAUGUUGUUCUUGUUCCAUCACAGGGUGAACUUAAGUCAAAAGCAUCUAAUAUAUUGGCAAUGAUGCUUGCUAUUCUUUUAGCGCUCUUAGGGGUGCAAUCUUUAGCUUGACUGCUUAGUAUUUUCUUACUGUAUGGCCAGAGCUCUGAGUUUUGCCUAAAGAAUUGUGGCUGUUCUAAUGGUGAUAUAAUACAAGUUGCUGAUUACACUCAA